GUGUGUUUUUCUGUGAUUCUGGACGUCUGAAGCUCCUCUCGUUACACGCAGCGUGAGCUUCAGUCCUCAGGAGCUCAGAGACUUGAGUUACGGCCCGCGGGGAGAUUCUGCUCAAUAAAACACAGUGUAUGGACUGAUAGUCUUACAGGCUCACGCUGGGGGUUUUCUUCAAAAGCUAUUUCUGGAUAGCAGUGACUUUAAAGCACGCUUUCGGAUGCGAUUAAUCAUUUGCUGCAAUAUGAAGACUUGUAUGAUAAUCUGUAUAGUGCUCGUUUGUGCUGUGAAGGGAUCUUUAGAGACGCACAUCACCGGCCGUGUUUGUGCUCUUACAGUGCAGUUCGACGGCGUGGAGAAGGAGCUGAAGUGCCGUCCGCUGCAGAGGCUCCCGAGCGGGAAGAGCAGCUCCUCGGAGCCCAGCGUGGGCGAGCGCAUCGACCCGGCCGUGCCUCUGGAGAGCCAGUUCUGGUAUCACGGAGCCAUCAGCCGGACGGACGCCGAGGCUCUGCUGCGCUUGUGUAAAGAGGCCAGUUACCUGGUGAGGAACAGCGAAACCUGUAAGAACGACUUCUCGCUCUCGCUCAAGUAAGAAGCUCUUCGUCACUAACAACACACAACGCACGUUCGGUUAGGUCACUUAUACAUAUAUUUAAAAGUCAAAACGCUUCUCAAUAGGUAACGCUUGUUAACUCUUAACUGCCACCUUUGCCUCAAUAAAUUCUUGCUAGUAACAUGAUGUUAGUAGCGUCCUAGUAUCAUGCAAAUCAUUCUAAAAGCAUGUUAGUAACACCCUAGCAACCUCCCUGAGUAUCCUAGCAUCCACAUGGCAACACCCCAGCGACCACUUUUGGUAAACUAUCAACCGCUAAGCAACAGCCUAGAAACUGCAUCGCAACACCUCAGCAACCGCUUAGCAACACUCCAGCAACUGCAUAGCAACACCCUAGCAACCACUCUAGGUACCUUAUUAACCAGAUAGCAACACCCUACCGUCCACCCUGGGUACCCUAACAACCACUUAGCAACACUCUAGCAACUGCAUAGCAACACCCUAGCAACCACCCCAGGAACACUAACGACCACAUAGCAACACUCUAGCAACUGCAUAGCAACACCCUAGCAACCACCCCAGGAACACUAACGGCCACAUAGCAACACUCUAGCAACUGCAUAGCAACACCCUAGCAACCACCCCAGGAACACUAUCGACCACAUAGCAACACUCUAGCAGUCAUUCCAGGUUAAAUUGGCAGCCACCCUAAGUACCAUAGCAACCAGAUAGCAACACCCUGCCAACCUAAUAAAUACCACACUAAUACAUUGCUGAUGUUCCAGUAAUAUGCUAAUAGGUGUAAGUGUUAAAUAAAGUGUUACCAAACUGUUCACUCGUUUCUUUGGGCUUCAGUGUGAGCUUGUGGGAGGUCAGUCACUCCUGCUGAGGAGUGCUUCUUUCACAUGACCUCUGACCCCAUCAUCCCGCGCUAUAACCUUUUAUCUUUUACAUUAAUGCAGGCUGAUAUGUGUUUUCACCUUUAGAGCGGUCACCUC